AUUAUAGUAGUUAAUCGUUUUAAAAAUGAUGGAAACAAGAUAAAAGAAAGGCAUUAAAAAAAGUAUGCCACGUAAUCAGAAGCAAAGAAAACGUGGCAAAAGGCGUUUCCCACGUCCACCCAUAAAAUCUGUAUUUUCGGACCCUCCCGCAGUCCCACUCCCAGACUCAAGUCUACUCACAUUUUUCAACCUCCCAUAACCCAUUACUUCCACACACACACUCCUUUAUUUUCGGUUUCCACUUUUUCACUUCCAUUUAUAAUCUCACACCCAUUUCCAUCCCCAUCCCAUCAAUCCUUCUUACUUCUUUAUCAAUGGCGGAAGAUCCCAAAAAACGCCUUCAACAUUCUCACCACCAAAUCACUCCUUCCAAAAAGCCAAAAUUACUGCACAAUGACGAUGACGAAGAUUUCGGUUUUACAAUCGACGCUACUGAAGACGAUUUUUCAGCGCAGGAACUCAUCUCCGAUCUUCUUUCUUCUGCGCCUAAAACUACACCGUUUCAUAACAAAAUUAGGUUUGUUUCGUAUCCAUACUCCGCACCUUCUCCUUUUGAGUCUUGCACUUCUUACAUAACUAUUAAUGGAAACGAAGAUACUUGCGGUUCUUCUUUUUCCGAUUCCGAUUCUUCUGUUAUGGCUAGUGUUGAUACGUCUGGUGUUCAUGUUUCCGCCGUUGAUCAAAGCUCUGAGUUUCUUCGAGUUGGAAACGACGCCGUUUUUGGAUUUGAUGGUGAUGAGGUGAAGUUACGUGAGGGGGAUGAUGAUGUGUGGGAUUGGAGUGAUUUUUUGGGGGAAGAAAAAGAGAAUGCAGAAAUUAUUAAAAGAGUGUUUGGUUGUUGAGGGAAAUUAAUUGCUGUAUGAUUAAAGGAGUAUAACAUUAAACGUUUUGGUUGUUGGGGGAAAUUAAUUAUUCUGCUAACUUGGUAGUUUUUGUAUAAAAGAGAUAUUGGUAUACCCUAAACUAGGAAGUAGGAAGUAGGAAGUAGGAAGUAGGAAGUAGAAUGCGUCACAUACUCAUAUGCUGAAUUUUACAUCUAUGUUUUAAAUAUUAUUAUUAGCAAGAAUUGCAAAUUUUGUUAAAUGCUAUACUAUAAUAUCGUAUGAUUUUAAUUAAAAACUAUUACUUCCUUAACUU